UUGGCUUACCUUUCCAUCUUGCAAAAUGGAUUGGUUUCAUUGCAAUCACUGCUUUAGUCAGGAAGCAUCAGACUUUUGUGUCACCAGCUGCGGACACAUCUUUUGCAAAAAAUGUGCUGGUUCAGAUAAGUGCCCAUCUUGUGGAACAAGCUGCAAGUAUUUGUUUCUCAACGAUAAUAUGAAAACAGAAGAAAAAAGAUUUUUCAAAAACCCAGUGGAAACAGCUCUCAAAUAUAUUGCUCAAAUCUCUCAAGUGUGGAUGUUCCAGAAAGGCCAGAUGGAACUGCUGAUUGCUUUCCAUAAACAUAAAGCUUCAAAAUCUCAUGGGGCUCUGCAACAAGCUCUCCAGAAACUAACUAUCCAGGAAAAGGAGCUGGAGGCAAUACAGAAGGAGAACAAAGAAUUAAGAAAGAAAUACCUCGAUUUGAAGGCUUUUUCAAGACAACAUGAAAGUAGCAGAAACAGCACCCCACGGCCAGUUGCCAUCACUCCCCCAUCACAAAGAGUUACACCACGGCCUACUUUUCAGCGCUCCAGUGCAGUAGUCAGCCGCUCCUCUUCCAUGGAGUCUAUUUCUUCUAGAGGAAGCCACCCAGCAUACUGGCAACAUCCCACAGGAGCUUCAAGGAUGACUCCAGCUGACUCUAUUAAUGCUACUCCUUCUCCAGCUUCCACUCAGAGUUUAUUUUACAGGGCCUCUCCUUCCCACACCCCUAGCUCAAGCAACUUCAAUCAACAGCACCCUGUGAGGCGGCAAAAUCAGAGUGCUACCAAUACUAGGCAGCGACAGGAAACUCCUUACUUAAGUCUCAGCAUCUUCCCUGAUCAGAGAGAGGGCGCAUCUGUACCAGAACGUCACAAUACUGAAAGGAUGCACCCAAUACAGCUGAGGUUCACCCCUCACUCAACACCUUCCUUUAACAACAGGUACUCAUCUAUCAGCCAAAUCCAUCAACAAUAAUGAGAAGAACCAAAGUCACUGCUCUUUAUCAGUACAACUAUAGGCAAGUUUUUGA